AUGGUCAUAACAACUACCAAAACUUCGUGUGUUAAAUGCAAAAAAGUGAAAAACACAAUAAAAUGUAGUGGAUGUUCUCAAGAUUUUUGCUUUGAUCAUAUAGUUGAACAUCGUAACGAAAUAAAUGAACAAUUCGAUCAAUGUGAAGAUCAAUUUAAUGAAAUCAAAAUUAAAAUUGAAGCACAAAAAAUUGAACCACAGAACAAUGAAUUAAUGAAACAAAUCGAUAUAUGGGAAAUUGAAUCAAUUGAAAAAAUUCGACAAAUAGCAAAUGAAAUUCGUUAUGAACUUUCAUCAUAUAUAAUCGAUUUUACACUUGAUCUUGAUUUGAAAAUGAAACAAUUGACAGAAGAAUUGAUUCAAUGUCGUAAAGAAAAUGAUUUUUCUGAUUUAGAAAUUCAACGUUUUAAUGAAGAAUUGAAACAAUUAAAAGAUAUUCUUAAUAAUUCAACAGAUUUCAUAAUUGAACAAGAUCCAACAACAUUCAUCAAUAAAAUUCGUCUUACAAACCAAGCAACACUUUUACAUGAUGCUAAUGUAAAUGCAAAUGCUAAAUGGAUACAAAAUAGAAUCACUAUAACUGAAGAAAAUGACUAUAGUAAUGCGAUGGAUCAACUUUAUCAUCCUUGUGGUUUGUAUAUUGAUGAUGAUCAAACUGUUUAUAUUGCUGACUGCUGGAAUCAUCGUAUUGUGGAAUGGAAAUGUGGUGCAAAAACUGGUCGAGUUGUUGCCGGUGGAAAUGGCGAAGGAAACCGUUCUGAUCAGUUGAAUUAUCCGACAGAUGUUAUUGUUGAUAAAACAAGCAAUAGUCUUAUCAUUUGUGAUUAUGCAAAUGAAAGAGUAGUUCGAUGGCCUCGUCAAAAUGGUACAAAUGGAGAAACUAUCAUAUCAAAUGUUGGAUGUUAUGGAUUAGCAAUGGAUGAUGAUGGAUUUCUCUAUGUUGCUGAUGAAGAUGAACAUGAAGUUAGACGAUAUCGAAUCGGAGAAAAUCAAGGAACAGUUGUUGCAGGUGGAAAUGGACAAGGAAAUCGUCUCAAUCAGUUGUCUUCUCCUAGAUACAUAUUCGUCGAUCAAGAUCAUUCAGUGUACGUAUUAGAUUACGAUAAUAAUCGUGUAAUGAAAUGGAUGAAAGGUGAAAAACAAGGAAUUAUUGUAGCCGAUGGUGAAGAUGAAGGCUAUUGUCUUUCACAAUUGCCAAAUCCUUAUGGCAUUAUCGUAGAUCAGUUAGGUACUAUCUAUUUGGCUGAUCGUUCAAAUCAUCGAAUUAUGCGUUGCUCUCAAGGAGUUACACAAGGAAAUGUUUUCAUUGAUGAACAUGGUCAGGAAAGUAAAUCAAAUCAAUUCUUGGAUCACGUUGGUUUGCCAUUUGAUCGAGAGAGUAAUCUCUGUGUGUGUUAA